AUGUCUGACGAUAAUUCCAAGUCAGCAUCCAUCCCAGCCUGGCAGAAGGCCAAAACCGAUGAGUCGCCAUCGCCGAGCUCCGACGAUGCGCCCGCAACUACAACACCAACACCCCGACAAACCCUCUUAGACCAAGCAUCCAAAUUCCUAGAGGACGAAUCAAUUCGGGAUGCCCCCGAGGAUCGCAAGAUUGCAUUCCUCGAGUCAAAAGGUCUCAACACAGAAGAUAUUCAACAAGUGCUCGGCGUCCCCCGAAACGCGGAGGCGAGCUCAACCGCAUCCGCAACUCCAACCGAAGCCAAACCUGAGCCUGAGCCUACUCCAGUCCAAGAGAGCACUCCUCCAGUGACCGCUUCACCAGUAACCAAUACACCGCCACAGCAACGCUCUGCGCCCACACCAGCGCCCAGCGCACGCGAUGUUCCCCCAAUAAUCACCUACCCGGAGUUCCUCUUCGAGCAAUCCAAGCCGCCACCUCUAGUCACGAUGCAGAACCUUAUGUACACACUCUAUGGCGCAGUUGGUCUCGGGGCGAGUCUGUACGGAGCCAGCGAAUAUAUCGUGAAACCCAUGCUAGCAAGCCUGACGAGCGCCCGGCACGAGUUAGCCAGCACAGCACAGGAUAAUCUCCAAAAGCUGAACAACAAGCUUGAACAGACAGUUUCUGUAGUUCCGCCGCAGCUCACAGCGCGCAAGCCAUACGAGUCCGAUACGGACUCCGUCACGUCAGAUCCAACGGAGCUCUUUCAUCGGGAUAUGGCGACGCAGACUAGCCCCGAGCAUACUUUGCCGGCUGGUGUGGUGAACUCGGCCGAUGUAGUUACGCCGACUACAAAGGUCGAUGAACAUGUCAGUCGCUUUGAGUCGAUUACCUCCCAGUUGCGUGGGAUUGUCGACUCUGAGAAGGAUGCCAGUGCGUUGGAUGAUACUAUGCGCACUGGAUUGACGGAGUUGCACCAUUACUGUGAUACCUUGAUCUAUAGUGCGCCGGCCUACUCUGCUGGGUCGACUUAUGGAGUGUGGAACUCGAAUACUGGGGCCAAUGACAAUUCUGGAUUACGGAAGGGGGAGGAUGAGGCAAUUGCUGGAUUCCGUGCGGACAUCAGAGGUGUCAAGGGUGCGUUACUGAGCGCUCGGAAUUUCCCUACUAGCCGGGGAGGAAGAAUUGGCGGACUCCCAGUUGGGAGACGGUGA